AUGGAGCAACAUGACGUGCAGGAGUUAUGCCGAGUUCUCUUUGACGCGCUGGAGAGGUCGUCCUCCUUGCUGUCGGAGGUGAUCCGAGACUUGUACAGCGGCCAAAUGACCAACUAUACCAGGUGCAAGGAGGACAUGCUUGACGAUCUCGAUCGAUCUUCACGGCCAGCCAGCUAUAUGGAUUUGCAGGUGCCUAUUCAAGACUGCAAGACCUUGGAGGAAGCUUUGAGGAACUUCACGGAGCCUACGCUUCUCUCAGGAGACAACCAGUGGCUGUGUGAUGCUCGGACGAUGGAACUGGAGCGUGGGGGUCGGGUGAUGGAGCCAGAGAAGUCAAAUGUUUCGCUUGUGGAUGAGGUGUGGAAUUGA